AUGGCUCAAAGCCAGCUUGCAUCAAUGCCGUCAAUGGCAAAUGGGAUGUCGCUGGGUUUGUCCAAGGAUGAGGCUCACCAGAUUCAGCAGUACGAGAGAAUUGUGCAUUUUCGCGACGCAAUCCUUGCUGGGUCGCAUCCCAAGAUCAAAGUGCCAAAACUGUCGGCUCCACAAGCCUCUACCACUGCAGUAGCACCGCCUUCAAAUGCUUCUGUUCCAGCAAAGGGAACAACAGGGAGCACGGUGCAGGGACAUCAAUCUGGAAAUAUCCAGCCGAUUGCGUCCAACACGCAACAACAAGCGUCUCUCCCUGGCCUGGGAAACCCGCUCCCCGCUAACGCGAACUUGCCUGCAAGACCCUUCGUCAGUGCUGGCAAGACGGAGAUCAAUCCCAUCUUCCUCCAGAAAUCUGAUGACUUGAUCAAGGCCGAGAUCCAGCUCCAGAGGCAGCGUCUUGAGCGGGCGCUGCGUGAUGAGGUUGAUCAACGUCGGGCCUCUAUGAAGGCUUCGGCGCAAUCGGAGCCUCUUGCCGACUUUGACCUCUCCGACGUCUUGUCCAAGGCUCUGACUCUGGUCCAGGCUGCUCCUUCUUCGUCUGCCAAUCCUCUGGUUGCUGCUAAUACUUCAGCUGCAAGUGACUCGUUUGAUGAGAACUCUUAUUAUUCUUCCCAACACAACUCGCCCGAUUCCUCGCUUCACAGUUCGCGCGCAGGUAACGACGCCGAUGCUGUUGCCCAGGCAUGCAAGCUACCCGCUGCCGACAGGCCGCUCGAAGGCACAGGUCAACAGCAACGUAGGGAGUCUAUGCUUGCCCGUCAACCCUCGCCUCUGAUCCAAGUCCGCGCCUCGAACAUAUCUCCAUUGGCGCCCCAGCCUUCCCAUGUCUCGCUUCUAGCAACGGCCAGAGCCAGAGGUCCAGCAUUCGAUGCCCAGGACAUAAAUAUCCCCCAAGGAACCACCGCUCAAGUUGCACAACUGCGCAAUGAACCCAAUGUUAUUUCCAGCCCAGAUAGCUCGCCGCAAGGGGGCCGGAAUGGUGAGAAACGGAAGGGCAAGAAAAAGAAGAAUAACGCCAACAACAAUGCGGGCAACAAGAGGUCAGUGAGGCAAGCGCCAGACGAGCCUUACAUCAAGCCAGAGCCGCGUUCGCCAUCCCCCAUGAGUGCACCGUCUUUUGUCCGACCACAGAAACGACUGAGAAGACAGGCCGACGAGGAUCCUCAUUACGCUCUGCCCGACCGUCAAUUUUCUCGAUCGUAUAGAGAUGAGGGUGCCGCGCCGGCGUAUGAGCCUCAAGAGUAUCGCCUAAGACCGGUGAGCCAAGCCGUAACAUCUGGCGACUAUGGGUAUGGAAGGGAAUACGUGGAGGAACCGCGCGUUCCGAAUGGCGCUGAAUAUGUCCGACGAGUGCAGUCGCCGGGUGUCUAUGCCGUCCACUCCGCUCCAAAUGAGAUAUACGCAACUUCUCCGGCAGCCAGUGUCGAUCGCUACGGUAGGGAGCCUGCGCGGUAUUAUCGCGAUGGCUACGAAGUAAUGCGUAUGAGCGCUCGUCCCAUGGCAGAUCGUGCGAGAUCUCGCUCUCCCGUCAUGAGAGACAGAGCGUCCCCGCUGAUGGGACCGCCUAAAGCACCACCUGCGAGAGUCGUGGUUGAUCCUGCCACCGGCCGACAAUACUACGAGCCGGUUAGCGUCGUUCGGCAGUCGGUCGCGCAGCCACCGCUCCGGCCUGGCGAGCCCGAGAUGAUUUACGAGAGGGCACCCAUCCGAGCCGAAUCCAGACGACCCGGUCCCGACCCUCGUGACGACGAUGUGCUCUAUCAGCGAACCUCGCCAAUAUACGCAGCACCACGCAGAGUCGUCACCCAGCCCGAGUAUGCCAUAUCGGAUGCUCAUCGCGUCUACAGGCAUCGGGAAUACUCGGCCAGAUCAAUGGUGCCCUCAGGUGAAGAAUACAUCCCGGCAAGAGGCGGAUUGGAGCAGCGAAGAAUUAUUGAGGAACCGCCGCGAGAAUACAUGAUGCGGGCAACAACAGCUCGACCGGCAGAAACAGUGCGGUACGAGCUCCCGCGGGAAUACGGAAGAGUACAGAGUGUGAGGCCGGAACAGCUGCCCAUUCAGGACUACGCCUCGGUGCCGAUGCAUCCCGAAGCCCGCCUGGAAGUUAUCCAGCCCGGCCCUCGGUCCUACAGCGUUAGACCAUCGGAGCCUCAGGUGAUACGCCGGGAGUACAGCGUGCGACCGAUGGAGCAGCAGCAGUACUACGGCCAGCCACUUCCGGCUCGUCCCGAGCCGGAGGUGUCCUACAUCGAACGACCUAGAGUAGCCGCGCAGGAGGUCUACUAUGCAGAUGAGGCUCCGCGCCCGAUGUACCAUUGA